AUGCCAGUUAAAAUUUGGAAAGAGUUCAAUGCACCAGAUGGAAGGAAAUAUUACUAUAAUAUAAAAUCGAAGGAAUCUACUUGGACUAAACCUGACAGUCUUUAUGAUACUGAGAAGGGCAAGGUUGGGUCAGACAGGGCAGGUGCUCCUUUGUUUGUGUUUCCUUUGCUAAAUGGUUGGCAUUUAAUCAUAUGUGUCGGUGGUGAAAAAUAUUAUUAUAAUAAGGUGUUGAAUGAUACCAUAUCCAAGGAGUUAAGUGAUGAUUCUAGUUUGCAAUUGUUGAAUGCUGUGGAUAAAGAUAAAUUGAUUUUGUUAAUAGCGGUAGCUAGAGGAUACAAUUGGCCAGAUUAUGAAAAACUUUACGAUGAACUGCUUAAAGAAUUUGAACUGAUAUCAAAUGAUAUGAUGCAAACCCAACAAGCUGAAGUCACUUCAACAGAAGACGAGGACGAGGACGAGGAUGAGAAUCAAGAAGGAAAUGUAGUGGCAGUAUCCAAUACUGGAUUAAUCGGAGGUUAUUUAUCUUCAGAUGACGAAGAGUCUAGUGACGAAAAUCAAGUGGAAGUAAGUGAGAAUACAAACAUUGAGGAAGAUCUUGCGAAAAGAAGUGAUCAAAAUGAUGUUGAUGAGAAUUUGAAUUCAAUAGAUCAUGGUCUGGAUUCCUUAGACGAUAUUGACUUGGAAAAAUCAAAAUCACUAUUCACUAGAUUAUUCGAAGAAUUUCAACUAGACCCUUACUCUAGUUGGAGACUCCAACUCAAAAAAAUCCAAAAUCAUCCUGAUUAUUUUCAAAUCACAGAUAACUCAACAAGGGAAGAACUAUUCGAAUCAUGGUGUUCAUCAAAGUUCAAUGGAGGAAAGUCAAACGUUACAAAUUUUGAAGGGGAAGAUGAAGAAACCCUUACUAGCGAUGAGGAAGAUGAUUUCGAACCCACGAAAUUUCAUUACCUAGCACAUAUUAUCUCUAAGGCAGAUAUCGCUGCAGACACGAUCUUCCUCGAUAUUAAAGAAAAUAAUAAAUCGUUGUUUAAAGAAUUUAAAAUUAAAGACUUUAUUAAAUCUAAAAAAGACCAAGAAGCAUUUUCGUCAAAAUUGUUGUUUUUCUACAAGAAAUUUCAACUAAAUGAAAGAAAGAAUUUAUUCUUACAGUUGUUGAAGGAAAAUGAAAAUUUGAUAAUACCAAAUAUUAAUUCUAAUAUAGAAAUUGUACGACAUAUAAUAAAAAAUGAUGUGGACGAAGCUUAUGAAAUUGAAACACAAUUACUUCAAAUAGAAAAAAUAAUAGGAUUGCAAAAUAUGUUGGUGGACUUAGCCAAUGAUCCAAAAUACUAUAUUUUGGGAAUUAAAGAUAAACUGAUUCUCCUUAAAGAGUAUCUAAAAGAUAAAAUUUAA